CUACGGCAGGAACCGCAGCUUCCCUACCGCUGACAUUUCUUUAAAUUUUGAUAUGGAGCAUCCUGUGAUGCUGCAAGCUGCUUCUGCCUUAUAAACUCUUCAAUUUUAUUUUGAUAUUUUGCUUAAUAAUCAUUAAGCCUUAUGGACAUCAAUGGAUAAAGCAGAAACUGAAUAUUCUUUGUCUUUUUGCUGCCUUGAAAAUAUCUGCUAGGUCAGAGGGGGAAGAAAGACUUAUCUUCGUAGUGGGACUGUAUUUGUUCCUUUAAAGUUAUUGCUGCUGCAAAUCUGUCAAACAAGAUGGACCUUAGGUGUUCCCUAGAAGAGUGUACAAUGGCAUUAAACUUAUUUCUAAAUAAUAGAUUCUCAGAAGCCUUGGAAUUACUUCGCCCUUGGUCAAAAGAGAGUAUGUAUCAUGCUCUGGGCUAUAGCACUAUUUUAGUAAUGCAGGCAGCAAUGACCUUUGAGCACCAGGACAUCCAAAAUGGCAUUUCCACAAUGAAGGAAGCUUUACAAACCUGUCAAAAAUUCAGAAAAAGAAACACAAUGGUAGAAUCUCUGUCGAGUCUUGUUUCCAAAUCAUCAGUGGAUCAGCUGAGUGAAGAGGAAAUGCAUGCAGAAAUCUGUUAUGCGGAAUGUCUACUACAGAAAGCAGCAUUGACAUUUUUACAGGAUGAAAAUAUGAUCAACUUCAUCAAAGGUGGACUCAAAAUUAGAACAAGUUACCAAAUAUAUAAGGAAUGCUAUUCUGUUCUGCAGAUGACUCAAGGCAACAAAAAACAGAAGGAAACCUAUUUUCAAUUUGAAGGGGGAGUGAAGCUUGGAAUAGGAGCAUUUAACUUGAUGUUAUCUCUUCUACCAGCAAGAGUUCUCCGACUACUGGAAUUUAUUGGGUUUUCUGGCAACAGGGAACUGGGCCUCAUACAAUUGCGAGAAGGUGCAUCUGGAUCCAGUUUGCGGUCCACACUAUGCAGUUUAACUUUACUCUUAUUUCAUACUUAUGUCUCACUAGUCCUUGGCACAGGAGAAGCCAAUAUUGAGGAAGCCGAGACUCUCCUUGAACCCUAUCUUCAGAAGUUUCCAAAUGGCUCUCUAAUUUUGUUUUAUUCUGCAAGAAUAGAGCUACUCAAAGGGAAUUUUGAAAAGGCACAGGUGAUAUUCCAAAACUGUAUUAAAUCUCAGGAAGAAUGGAAACAGAUUCAUCACCUCUGUUACUGGGAACUGAUGUGGUGUUAUACAUUCCAGCAAGAAUGGCUGAAGGCAUAUCAUUAUGCAGAUCUACUUUGCAAAGAGAGUAGAUGGUCCAAGGCAAUAUAUGUGUUUCAGAAAGCUGCAGUUCUAAGUAUGCUCCCAGAGGAAGAGGUGAAGCCAACUGGGGAGAAUAUUGUGUCUUUGUUUAGACAGGUGGAGGGCUUGAAGCAGAGAAUUGCUGGCAAGUCUAUCCCAACAGAGAAGUUUGCAGUGAGGAAGUCCCGGCGUUAUUCCAGUGCGGCAUUUCCUGUAAAGCUGAUCUUACCUGCUCUGGAAAUGAUGUACAUCUGGAAUGGUUUUACAGUAGUGGGCAAAAGACCUGACCUCACAGAAAAUCUCUUGAUCACCAUUGAAAAAGCAGAAACAGCUUUACAAAAUGAAACAAAGUGCAAUGAUUACUUCACGGAUGACCAGUGUUUGGUGCAACUACUGAAAGGUCUCUGUCUGAAGCACUUAGGACGACUCUUACAAGCUGAACUGUGCUUCAAUCAGGUUAUUCAAAGUGAGAAACAAUUAAAAUUUGACCACUACCUUGUGCCAUUUACUCUGUAUGAACUGGGACUUUUAUACCAACUGCAAGGAGACACAGAGAAAGCCUUACGGAUAAUAGAAACUGCAAAAACCAACUACAAAGAUUAUUCCAUGGAGUCCAGGCUUCACUUUAGGAUCCAUGCCGCCCUCAGCAGUUUGAAAGGCUCUCCUGCUUCUACUCCUUGAUGGAAACCACAGCACUGAUGGAAGAGUUUUCUAAACUGGCCGGAACUUCUAGUCAAGAGAAGUUCUUGUAUUAACUUAGAUAAGUGAUCAUGUACAUGAGAGAGAGGGAGAAAGCAAAUUGAUUUUUAUUGUCAAUGUUUUCUUUCAUCUGUCUCUGUUUUGAUGUUGUUUUGUUUCCAUGUUUUCCUAUGGAAUUUACUCCUAGCUUUGUUCAGUAUGUUAUUAGAAAGUCUUUGUUUUGUCUCACAAGAAGAAGCUGAAUGUUAGAGUUGAAUCGAGGUGGGUGCAAUAAAGUCUAUUUUAGGUGAUUUUUUUUACUAUGUACAGAUUGAUAUUGUUGAAGUAGCAGGAUGAAAUCUUAUGAUCCUGGAUCAAAGCUAUAGGAUUCAGGGGAGAUUGUGUUUCUGUGCUAUGCUAUUUCCAUACCUUUUGGGUUCUAGAGCUGUCUCCUAUCAGCUAGUUAGUCUCCAUGAAGAUUUUAUAACCUGAUAUUUUACUUUUAAUACAAAAAUAAAAAUCACCUUCAUCCAGAAAUAUAAAGUUGAUUAUAGGUAUAUCCUUCUGAAGAAUAUGGUACAAAACUAGCGACAGACAGGAACAGUUCUUGCAUUGAUUUUAUAGGCUUAAAGGCAUUCCCUCACUUGAACUGAAACCAAAGUGUUGCCUUUUUCUUCCAUCUGAUAAGAGGAAGCAACCUUUUAUUUUUUUUUUGAGAGACAGAGAUGUCCUUGAAUGUAUCGAAAUCAUUUGUAUUUCCCAGAGCAUGUGUGUUCCUCUAACAAUUUGAAAAGGAAGGCCAUGGAGCUCUUGGGCAUUCAGUAGUGAGAAAGGAAGGACUAAAAGUAUGUCUUGAUUGUUUUUUCCCCCUCAUCAGGAAGCAAAGCACAAUUAACAUUGCUUACAAAGUAUAGUUCUAUCUUUAUAUAGCUCAUUAUGUUUUGGUGAUCAGUGUCUGAUUUUAUGAUCUCUCAUUGUUCUUAAUUUUUAAAAGUUAUAUUUAUACACAUUAGUAAUAUGUUCAGUCCUUUACAAAAUUAUAGUCAUGACACACUUAAAUUAAUAUUAAGUUUUCAAAAAUAGCUGAUAUCAAAAUACAUAAGACAUGGAAUUUCAAAUAUUUGAAAAUUAUAGCUUUAAAGUACAUCAUAUUUAACAAUUGCCACCACUUUUUUUUUUUGAGGAGAGGGGUAAUUCUGGCUUAGGACCAAAUACCAGCGGCUAAUGGCCACAUCAGAGAAGGUUAGCUAGUUCAUGUAUGUAGCAGGGUUCUUUUAUUUAUAUUGUGAAGUAUCAUUUAUUAUUUUAAGUAAAAGAAUAUGCGCUUUUAUGAGAUGGUAUUGGCACAUGAUUAUUAGCCUGAUCCAAGUGAUUCUUUUGUGAAGUGCAAGAUGUGAGAAUUUAAACAUAUUUCUAUUCACUCAUAGAACUAAUCAAGUUAAAAAAUAUAUUAUGCUUGGUACACAGCUAAGUGCUUGAUAUUUGCCUUUUUGUUCAUUUAGAAGAUAUCUCCUUAGCAUCUCCAAAUUGGAAUAGACAAUAAUACAGGUAGGGAACAAAAAUUAAUUCUCCUGUUCCUAGUUAUUAUUAACUCAUGCUCAGAAGGUAUAUGAUAUGUAAUGGGGACACUUAAAAUACCAUGAUAAUAAAUUUUCAUUAGCAUACUCAUAUAAGGACAUUUUCUGUAUCUUAUCACAGAAGAAAGCAAUUCAGAAAAAAUAAUUUAAAAAAUUCAACUCUGUUAAUUAGCUUGGAAAAGUCGGAUAAAUCCAAUAUUUUACAUGUUUGUAGCUACUUUUCUUCGAUGGCAUUGUUUAAAACAAAACUUUUUUAUGCCAUUGCUUGGAAUUGUUUUGAUUGCGUCUUUUUUUUUCCUGGGUAAUGAGGGUUAAGUGACUUGCCUAGGGUCACACAGCUAGUACGUGUCAAGUGUCUGAGGCCGGAUUUGAACUUAGGUCCUCAUGAAUCCAGGGCCAGUGCUUUAUCCACUGGGCCACCUAGCUGCUCCCAGUUGCAUCAUUUUUAACUGAGCACCCCUGUUCAUCAUUUACAGGCAAAAUUCAGAACUGCAGAGUCAAUAAAAAGUUCUCUCUCUCUCUCUCUCUCUCUCUCAAAAAAAAAAAAAAGACAAACAGCCAAUGGUAAAUCCCAUGUUGUUCUUUAUAGAAACUGUUUUAUUUCUAAAUUGCCAAGCACAUUUUUAAAAAAUCUGAUAAGUCCAAAGUAAUUGAUGUUCAUAUUUACCUUCAGCUUUUAGUUUAUUUUCUAAAAUGCUAAGCAAUAUGGAUAAAUCUGCCAGAAUUCAUUUGAGAGGCCUUAAUAUGGUUCAUUCAUUCAGUCUUCGAAUAUUUGUUAAGCACCAACUUUUUAUAAGGCACCAGUUUCUUCUGAGAGUAAUAGUCUAUACCAGUUGCUUCUCCUUGCUCACUCAACCAGUUAUUCCUCAAAUCCAGCAGUGAGGCUUCCACUUGUGUUGACUGAAACUAUUAUCUUAGGGGUCAACAAUGAAUUUCAUAACUAUCAGAUCCCAUGGCCUUUUCUCUAACUAUAUUCUCCCUGACACCUUUGCCACUUUUGCCAUUGUUGACUACCUCUCCUUAAAACUUUUUCCCUUCUUCUCUUCCAUGACACUGUACUCUCGUGCUUCUCUUUCACAGACUCUUCCUUUUCCUACCUCCUAGAUACAGGAAUUCCCUAAGACUGUCACCCAUAGUCCUCUUCUCUCUCUGUAGUCUCUCCUUUGGGGAUUCUCUUUUACUUCUGUGACUAGUUGUCACCAUAAUUACCAUUGUAUAGACGACUCUCAAUUUUAAAUAUUCAGACUUAAUCUUUAACUGUCUUUACCACAUUGCCCAGGUCAUAUCUCAAAUUUAUGUCCAAAACUUACUUUUCCAUCUUGCUUGAAUCUGUACUUCUUAAUAUCUCCAUUUCUGUUCACUGCACCACUGUUCUCCCUAUAACUCAAACUUAUAAUUUAGGUAUUACUUUGACUCCUUGCUCUUCCAAACAUCUAUCCCCCUAUUGAAUCAUUUCACAAAUCCUCUUAGCUGGUGAAAUAAUUCACAUAUCUGACUCUUACUCUUUAUUCCCAUCCUCCUUAUCCUAGUACAGCCUCUUAUCUCUAUCUUGCCUAGAUUAUUUCCAUGAUAUUCUUAUUCAUCUCCUUGUCUCUAAUUUCUUAUCUAUCCUACACACCUGUUCCAGAGUACUCUUUCUAAUGUACAGUACUGAUGCUGUUUUCACUCUCCUACUCAGAAGCCAUAAUUGGGUUCCCACUGUCUUCUGAAUAAAGUCUAGACUCCUUAUCUUGAUAUUCAAAAAACUCCACAAGUCUGCAACCUACCUUUUCAGCCUUAUCUCACAUACUUGAUGUUCUUCCUUGUUGCCCAAACUUGUUGCCUUUGCCUUUGACUCCUUUGCAGGGAUGUUAGGAGGAAAACGUUUUGUAUAUACCUUAAAGCACCAUAUGAAUGUGUGUGUUUCUACCAUUUGUUAUGCCUUUACCUGCCCCCAAAUCCCUGUUCUCAUCCUAUUGAAAGUUUACCCAUCCUCAAAACCCAGAUCAAAUUCCACUUCAAAGAAAGAAGUUCAGGUUCCACUUAUUCUUCUGCAUAUCUUUCAUUGCCCUUUGUUGGUAUUUCAUCUCUUGUAUUUUGUUCAUAUGUGUCUAAGUCUUACUGUCCCAGUUAAACUGUGAGCUCCUUGGGGGCAGGGACUCAUGCUUUAUUGAUCUUUGUAAAACCCCCAAGGCCUUUAUCAGUGAUUUGAACAUAGUAAGAGCAUAAUAAAUGGGUGAAUUGACUUGAAUAUCAAUCCCCUCUUUUAUUUACAGGGAAGUUUGCGAAACCAUCUAUUCAUCACACUGUGUUUUAAAUGAGAGCCAUGUUGGUCAAGACUUGUGAUUCUACAGGAUGUUUUAUCAAUAUGUUUGAGAACUUGUAGGGUCUACCUUCCUUUUUUGAUGACAGGGCAGCAGAAUGAUUUCUAAGUAUAGAUACCAAGAAGUUGUAUUCUUUUAAAUAUUUUUACAGGGAAACUGUCCAUUAAUACUUAAUAACUAAUGAAAAAUUAUCUAUCAACUUUCACAUUCCUAAUCUUGCAUGGUUUUUUUGUGGGUUUAACAAUCUUCAAUUGGUUAUGAUGGUGGGAGCUAUUGCUUCAAGGGGAAAGGUAUUCUAGGGAAAAGUUCUCUCUGAUGGAGAUUUUUUUUAUAAAUUUAGAAGUUAUCUUCUGACAGUAGUAUUAUGGCUCAUAUGGAUAGUCAAAAUUGUUCAUUUUUGGAGCACUGUGUACCUUUUCCUUUUCAAAUUAAUCUCGAUGUCUGUAUUAUAUGUAUAAGUUAAUGACUUUACUCAUUCAUAUAAAAAUAGUUUCUUCCUGACAAAAUUUGAGAUUGUCUUGGAAUUAUGCUCAUUAAUUUUUACUUGAAUUUACCUGUCUAUGCUGUUUAUUCCAGGUAAAAGUCUAAUACGGUUACAAUGUAUUCUUUUGGUACUUGAUAAUACUUAAUAUUUCAUGAACCAUAAAGCCUGGAAGAGCUCUUAAGACAUCUAGUCAAUACCCCUGGUUUUGGACAGAAUUUAGUAUGGUCUCUAUUAGAGGACUGGUUACUCCUUUAACACUUCUUCAGAAGAAGGCUCUUACUCUCUUUGGUAUGGUCAAGAAGUUUUUUAUUGUUUGAUCCAUAUGUAUUCAGGGAUGGUUUGAUCUGUGCUUGUGUUUUGUCCUCAGAUAAAGCAGAGCAGACAGUCACUGUUAACAUUAACAGUAACUUCAUGUGUCUUGAAUGUCUUUUUUUAUAUUUUACUUCAUCUUAAUUUUCUCUAGACAAUAAAAAUUGUUAAUUUAGCUUUUUUUAAAAAACCCUGUCUAUUAGUAAUGAUUUUUAGCACUUCUCUAGAAAUUGUUUAGAAUUUGGCUGUGGCAUCUCAGAUUGUUCAACUAGUGCUAAUUACUGAAGGGGGAUUAAUUCACGAUUAGUUUACGCUGUAUUCCAGUCUCUGUCUCAGUAGUUUUUUUUUUUUAAGUACAGCACUAGAGGACUCUAUCUCAGUACUGCUCCAGUAGACCAGUGGUGUCAAACUCAAGUAGAAAUGGGUCUAAGACACCAUCAUAAGGAUUCCUGGAGGCCUUAUAUUGACUUGAAAAAUACACGAACACUUUCUAUGUUCUAUUGUAUUUUUAUUUCAUUAACCAUUUCCUAAUUACAUUUUAAUCUGGUUCCAGCUGCUACAGCUGAGUGUUUCAUACCUUUACUGUGUUGACCACUAGAUGAGAUCACUAGAUGUCUCCUAGUGUUUUGCACCCAGUCCAUUUUGCUUCAGACUGAAUUCGUAUUGCUUGUUUUUCCUCUUUUAAGUGAUGUGUCCUGUGCUCGUGUAUUUUCCAUUUGUUCUUGCCUUCUUACUCCCAGUUUAUAAAUGCCACUGACCAAUUAAAUUCACUCUUGGGAGAUUUGUUUUUAUCCUCAUUUUUCUGUGGAUUAGGGGAAGUUUGAUUUUCUCAAUGGCAAAUUUUCACCAUUUGGGAAUAGGACUAAAAAAGAACACCAACCAAACCAUGUAAACUGGAAUUUCACUAUAAUAUAACCUGUUGUGUGGAGAUCACUAUAACAAGCCUUCACUUAGGAACCCUUUGCUGAAGUUCAUUUACCAGAAUUGCUAAAUGGAUGCCAUCAUAACCUAAUUGUUCCCAUUUACCGUAAUUUCAUGUUUUACAUGAACUCCUGGGCCAGUGUUAUAGUAUCUUCAGAGUAUUUAAAUGUCUUUUAAAUGGUUAUUUGGCAGUGACUGACCAUCAUGAUUAUGACCUAUGCUAAUAAUUAUUAGCCCAAGUCACUCACUAAUAUUAAUGAGCUAGGAUCAUAAGAUUUAGGCAUUGUCUAGGUUAACCCCUACCUUUUACAGAGGAAGAAACUGAGCCCUAGAAAAGGAAAGGGAAUUGACUAAAGUGACUCUGGUUAUAAGUAGCAGUGGAAUUUAAAAGUAUGCUAUCAUCUAUAGUUUAGUUUACGGAACUGAUUGGCUCACUUGUGAAAUGGAGUUGGCAGCACUAAGUGAUAGAGUGAAAGGACUGAAAAGUGUCAAGUUAUUUCUAUUUUAUUAACCUUUCAAAGGAGGAGAGGCAAAAUGAUCUCUAAGAUUAAAAAAAAGCAUUUCAAUAGAUUUGGGGGGUGUAUUAAUUUGUUAAUUUUGGAUUCUCAGCAUUUUUGUGCCAGUCUUGAAGUUAAUCUAUCCUCUGCAAAUAUUUUUAUGCUGUAGUCAAAAUAGAAUAAUUUGGUAGACUAUACUUAAAAUAAGAAUUUCAUGUAUUUUGCUGUUCUUUGUUAUCAGCUUUUGUGCUUGUGCAUGGUGGCUAAAUGUUAUGCAUAAAUAUCAUUUAGAAUGUGGCUUUUCCUCUUUGGACAAAUCUUUGACGUAUCAACAUGCAAAAAGUAAACAAACCAGUAUUUAAUUCUGAACUUCAAAAAAGUUAAGUUCCACCCCAAAUUUUGAUUUUUCCAAAUUUCAUAUAUAAUUUCAUUAUAGUGUCUUUUUAGACAAGCAUGUGUAUAUUAUACCACCCUCUUUCAUUUCUGCUCCUACCACCACAAAAAAGUUGGUGGGUGGGAAAGGAAAUGCCUUUCAAUACUUUUGCCUUUCAUUCUUGUAGUUAAACUUUGUUUUUUUCCAGGAUUAGGAUUUAUUAUUACCUGCCCUAUGGGUAGAGAGUUGUGAGAAAAGUGCUUCAUAAAUUCCUGGGUUCUGUAGAAAUGUGAGAAGUUAUUUUUUUGUUUUUAAAUUACUGGAGGAAAGAUUGAGAGAUAAUGAUUUGUAAGAAUUUGGAGUAUGGAAAAUUAAUUUUUAUGUUUAUCAUUAUUUAAUUCACAGAGACAUAGGAAAAGUCUAAUUGUCCAUCUCCAGAGGUUUAGAAAUCCAGACCAUCCGUGGAGGGUUUAGACAUUCUUCUGAAAACAGGGACCUGGACUAGAUGAUCUCUUGAAUUCUCUUCCAGAGCUCUUAUUUCUGUUUUUCUGUAACAGCAGCAAACAACUGCUGACCCUAGGGUCACUGCUGAUUUGGUGGGUAGAGCAUGUGUUAGGUAUUGUCUAGAUUGACUAUAUAAACCUAUCAUCAGAGUAAGGCAAAACCCUUCUCUGAGAAAUUCCAGUAGUCCUUUUCAUUGUGUUUACAGUCUGCAAAUUUACUUCUAUUCUACAAAAUAAUACUUAACAGCCUUGUAUACUAGGAAAAUCAAAGCAGCAGGCUUAUUAUGUUUAGAUUUCAAAGAAUGCUUAUAAAUUGUGUGCUUUAGUAGAAGUAAAGGCAUCUUAAUGCCAAGCUUUAUGAAAUAAAUUUUUCUCAGUAAUACAUAGUUUGCCUUUUCCAAAAUAAUUAUUAGACAUACCUCACUUGAAAUAUGAGAGCUAGAGGAAAUUUGAUGUCUUUUCAAGAGCUAUUAAUUCACUACUCAGUAAUUAUUAGUAAAUUAAUGGCAGAUGGAGGAAUUAAACUUUAGCAUAGUUGGAAAAUUAAGUAUAAAGUUAGAUAAUUCAACAUUUAGAGAAAAUUAUAUUGUCCUUUGAAAUGAAGGAAGGUCUGCCUAAUUUGCAUGUAAUGAGAUAAUCUACAUUGGAAAUAAUGCAAACAUUAUAGCUAUAACUUAAAAAAAUUCUUUAAUGGAGCCAAAUGUCUACAUGGCAAUGUUUGGUUCAAUAGAUUUAGAAAAAUGUUUAUUAUAAUACCAUGUUUUUCUUAAUGAUUUAUCCUCCAUAGCUGUCAGUUAGAUUUUACUUAUCAGUGUGCUGCUUCUUUAAGAAACUGGUUUACAUGAAAAGAGAUGAUGGCAUAUGUAAUUUUAAAUAUUGUAUAAUUCUAGAAAUUUAAAGGCUUCCAGGAGCUUUUCAGUCCUCUUUACAAAUAAGAUUUGCAGAAGGAAAGUUCAUGUGAAUGUUUCACUGAUCUGUGCUAUCCAGAAAAAUCAGUAGAUUUCUAACAAGAUGCUGUAUUCUUUCAAUGUUUUAGGUGAUAUUUUUAUAUCUAGGUUUAUUUUUUGUACCACUUUCCCCCUUUCAUUGACAGAUGGUAUCCUAGCACCUUAAUGAAUACCAAAUGACUCACUUGUAUGCCAGUGUUUUGAAUCUUCAUUUGCUAAUGCUCAUAGAGCACUUUGAGACUUCUGGAUGUAAAUUGCUAGAGCCCACUUAGAGGCAAAACUUCUAAGUGAAAAGUAUUUUUUUGUUAAUUGCAAUUCAUUUUCAGAGUAAAAGUAUUUUCUUCAGUUAUUUUUGUAGUAUCUUUACCUGGGAAAUUCUGACAUGCUUUUUUAAAGCAUGUUUUUUGAUAUUUCAUGAACUGGUUAUUUGUUCUUGUUCGUGGUUUA